AUGACGCGUAUUCUCUCUCUCGUUCGCUCCCCCCUAUGCGCCUUGCCUUUCAGUCUAUUCCAAGCAAGUCACGUUCUGCGCUUCCAAUCCGCCCUGUAUUGCGGAAGCUGUACGCCUGGCUCAACUUGGGUUUAUAGCAUCGACCGCUGUCAACCCAGGAUCAGCGUUCUCCUUCCGCAUGAUCCGCCUAGAAAACUCGCGUUGGCGUAACACCCCUUACGCCCUCACUGGCCACGGUGCAGGCUUCGAAGACUAUUUCGGGGACAACGGGUGGUCGAAACCAGAGCAUUAUCAUGGACACCCAUAUGUGAGCAUUUGUUAUCGGUUUUUUGCCAUGGGUUCUACCUGGACUCAUUUGCUGCCUGAUUGUGGAGCUCAGGAUAAAGAGCUGAGGAAGCAAUGGCAGCGGGCGAUCGACGAGUUUCGCGCCAUCGAAGCAUCUGAGCGCAACGUUGGCGACUUUCUCUUGGGCACCGUCGACGCGCUGGCCAACAAAUGCCCAGCGUGCUUCGGGCCGAAACGGCUCAACCGACCCCAUCACACCCUCCAACUGGAUUAUAUGAUCGUGCUCGAUGGCAACUUCCAGCAAACCCGAGAAAAUAAUGCGACAUACGACGUCCAAGGAAUAGUGCCGAGCUUGUUUCUGUCUGAUAAAGCCGUCCUGGACAUGAAAGCACUCGUCGAGAAUACAGCGCGGCCAACGAAGAAGGUGAGGAGCGUGAUAUAUUUGCGAUCCGCCUCGAAUACUGAGUAAUAUCGCUCCGGCCCCGAAAUGGAUAGUCUCUCUGUUCUCCGUUCGGAAGGCGUGCACAGAGUCGUGGAAGGCUGCUGACGGGGGCGCUGGUCGAGUCUCGUCGCGCAAGAUCGAUACAGGACUUGUCGCCGGUGUGUGCCGCCAUGAUAUCGCCCUAAAAAUGGUGAAUCUUGAGAAGACCGGCGAAAAGUGAGUGUAUUGAGCUUAUGUUCUUCAACUCCAACUUGCAUUUUUACUUUCACUGCUGAUGCUCAUGCCUGCGCUCUAAUCACCUAGGCUGUACUUCGCUUUAGCCAUUGUCAAGCACAUCUCGGACCAUCUUCCCCCAGAUGCUAGGAUUGGAAUUUUGUACGACAUCGCUUGUAAUUUCAAGCACCACAUUGAGAAGGUUUGCAUUGACCACCUCGGCUCGGGCCCCUCUCCGAUAUGUCGUUGCUGAUCAUAUGGGCUUUGUGUUUCAACCUUUUCAGGCAUCUGCUGCCUGAGCUGUUUGAGUGACUCGAGUUCGCCACAAGUGUCUUCCAUGCAUACGCCCAUACCUGGGGUUGCCAGGUUGACUACAACCCCCGUCUCAUCCCGAACUUUGGAUUCACUGAUGGAGAAGGUUGUGAGCGACUAUGGAGCGCGCUGCGCUCCCUCAUCCCCAUCAAUCGUCCAUCAAAUAAGUCCCACCGCCUCGUCAAUUUGGCGGUCCGCACGCAGGCAGUGAACGACGCGAACAUCUCAAGGCUUGGUCAGUGCUCCGCAGUCGCCGCAUUGACUCUUUGCACACGACUAGGGUCCUGGUUCACCCGCCGACUUCGCUCAGCCAAGGCUCGGAGCACUGCUGCUCGAAAGGAACUUGACGCCGUUAUCGCCCACGAUGCCACCUGGUCGGAGGAGGCGCUCCGCGUCGCUUGGCAAGACCAGCGACGAGCGCAAGCGUCGAAAACAGCUACGCAGGAAGCUGAGGAAGAUCGUUUGAGGGAAAGCGAGCUUUAUAAACUUGCUGAGGAACUUUACAGGAUUGACUGCAUCAUGUACGUGCUUGGUGAUAACUACUUGAGCUUGAGCUUGUCCUUCGUUCUCACUGACUCAUCAUCUUGCUGAGCAGUGACGAGUCUGAACCAGAAGCGCUUGUGGGGCUGAAUUCGAAGCACGAUCGUCUUGCAAGGGAGAUCGAUCAAGCAGCAAUUGUCCAACUGCAAAGAAGUGGGACAAGCAUCUCGCCCACAGGUUGGCCUUAAUUCUCUUACUUAGUUUUCCCUGUUCCUGAUUGCGAUGACGUGCCUAUUUGCUUCACAGAGCUUCGUCACUUGUGCCAGUGUUCCGUUGCGCUGUGCAAGCUUCAUCGAGAAGUGAUUGCCUACAAAACUAGCCGUGAAAAUUUGCUAUUGACGCGUCGCGGUAGGGGCGGGUCAGCACUUGGUCAGAGAGAGGCCAACAAAGCUCGCAAAACGGAAGUCAAGACUCACUCUGGCGCUGAAAAGGCACGUAAGGCAUACAACAAGGCUGUCAACGCGUUUCGAACGGCAGGCGGAUCAUCACCAUCGCACCUCCUCAACAAUCUUCCAUCAGUCGGUAGCCUAGCAUCGAUUCUUGAUCUUGAAGACACAGAUUUCUUCCGGCAAGACGGGUUUUUCACGCAUGUUGAAGCUGCUUGGGCCACCGAUCCGUGGGUUAAACGGGGCAUCGUUGCUGUGCGUGACCUGGAUCGAGCUGCGGAGGAGUUCGCUCGGAUUGGCGCCGAGGUGCGACAAACCCUUGCUUGGCUCGAAGACGAGCACGACCUCAUCUCUAGUCGCCAAGCACUUUGGCUAAGCGCGACAGGUCAGUUGUCAGUCGAACGUUACUCCACUAGUCUAGAUGCUGAUACAUUCUUGAUAACACAAAUAGAUUCCGCUCCAACGAUUUAUGACCAUGAUCGUGUUGAACGCGCAUUUGGCAGUAACGUCUACGCAACGAUCCGGGACCGUGCCCUCGUCAUUCUGGAAGCUCGGAUGAGGGCUCUUCAAAAGCGCGAACGAGACUGGUUCCGCGAUAGCACUUUCUUACUGCUGUGGUACACGACCAGAGGACCGGCGGAUACGCACGAACCAGUCCCUCGAGCUCUGAAGUGUCUCACCCCGCAUCUGCUGUUGAACCCGGGCAACGUCUCCAAGACAACAACAGCUACUGGAGCUGGCGCGCGUAGUGUUGCGCCUCGGGAGGACGCAUCGGGCGCCUAUGCAGCGCCGUCCGAGUCGUUCCGGACCACCGAUGACGAUCGUCUGCUCGCGCGGCGCAUCACGGAGCAGCUGGAUGCUGACAUGAAUGUAGAAGGCGCAAAGGCUUUGCAUGAGAUGCUGGAGCAGCAAGAGGGCAUGCUAUACGGUUCGGACAGCUCUGAUGAUCUGAUUCCCGACGAGGAGCGUUCUUUGUCGGACUCUGACUCGGAAGAAUGA